GGGAGUGUUAAUGGAGGGGAUUCUGGGAUACAACUUGCUUUGCUGUUAUAGUGGAAGGAAACUGACGUAACUGAAUGUCGCAAACUAAUGUAGCUUCAUAGUUAGACUCCAAGUUACAUUAACGAAUGAAACUGGUUGACACGUUGACCUGGUAGCGCUACUGUUCGUUUUAAACUUAUUUUGUGCUUAAUUAUUUGUCGGUGUUCAUUUUUGACAAAUAGCACAGAAAAGGAAGCGCGAGUAAAGCGGAUACACGCGCGACUCUUCCGCACCGGAAACUCUCGAAAACUUCUACAUUUUUGGAGAUUUGUCUUACACGAGAAGUAUCUGCGGUUUGGAGAUGCUGCAGUUCUCAUGAAGGAACAACCGCUUUUCACUGUUAAACUGAGUAUAAAAUAAAAAGAACCGCCGUCCAAUGGCUUCUCAGGGGCCGGGACGCAGAAGAACUCCGAACAGAACCGCAGUGACUCCAGAGCAAGAUGCGCUGAAUGUAAUCGCACGAGAGGCAGAGGCCCGACUUGCAGCUAAGAGGGCUGCAAGGGCAGAGGCUCGUGAAAUCCGCAUGAAGGAGCUGGAGAGACAACAAAAAGAGAUAUUUCAGGUCCAGAAGAAGUACUAUGGUCUGGAAAACCUGGAAAACAAAUGGGGGGACAUUGAGCAGUGGAUGGUAUUGCUAGAUAUUUUUUUGUGGAGAACAUCUCUGGAGGACAGUGAGCGGUAUACACGCCACUCAGAGAGACAUGUUUCGGUGUCAGAUGAUGAAGAUUGUAUGUCAUUGGGGAGCAGGACCAGUGUGCGGUUGGAUUUGGAGUCAGUUGAUUCACAGAUUGGGCUAUCCCAUACAUCUUUAUUUAAUUCUCACCAGAGCACAAAGAAGAAGAAAAAGAAGAUGAAGAUCUCUUCUGAUAUUAGUAACGGCUACGACAAUGAUUACAGAACAAAUUCCAGUCGGGGAUCUUUAUAUGAAAACAGUCUCAGCGGUACAUCUCUGCGCUCCAGUAGUCAUACUUUGUCAGAGUAUAGUGGCCUUUUGGGCUCAAGCACCAGAGCAUCAUCCAGAGCGAGUUCCAGAUGUGCUAGCCCAGUGGAAAAUAGCAGCAGUUCAGUGGCCAGUUUUUUACGAAAGGCAGGUAGCAGCAGUGGCCUCAGAGACUUGGAUCAUGUGACCGUUCCUGAUCUGCCAAAUUUGGAUGAUGGAUUGGACAGAGAUUUUUUUGAAAAGGGCUCCUCUCGAGCAUCUACUCUAUCCACUGCUACUCUGACUUCACUGGGCGGGGCUUCCUCACGCAAAGGAAGUGGCAGUUCAUCUGUCACUGCAGAUACUGAGACAUCCUUGCAGGAUAUUAAGGAGAUUCAUGAACUUAAGGAUCAGAUCCAGGAUGUUGAGGCCAAGUACAUGCAGAGCCUCAAGGAACUCAAGGAUUCUCUGGCAGAGAUGGAGGAGAAAUAUCGCAAGGCCAUGGUGUCCAAUGCGCAGUUCGAUAAUGAGAAAUCUAAUCUGAUGUAUGAGGUGGACACUUUGAAAGACUCGCUGAUAGAGCUGGAAGAGCUUCUGGCUGAGACCAGGCGAGAGUGUGAGGAGAAGAGCAAGGAUUUGGAGCGAGAGAAGCAUGCCCACAGUAUAUUGCAGUUUCAGUUCAACGAGCAAAAGGAAACACUGAAGCAAAGUGAAGAGCUUCUGACUGAAAUCCGUCAAUUACACUUCAAACAAGACAGCUUUGUUAGGGAGAUUUCUGACCUACAGGAAACUAUUGAAUGGAAGGAUAAAAAAAUUGGGGCCUUAGAGAAACAGAAAGUGUAUUCUGAUGCUAUUCGAAAUGAGCGGGAUGAGCUCAGGGAGGAGGUGGUUCAACUCAAAGACAUUUUAAAGAAACAUGGCAUUGUCCUUGGACCAGACCUGUGCACCAGUGGGGAAGUAGAUGGAAAUGUGAGUGGUGGAUCUGCUAGCAGUGAACUGCAACAUGGGAGCGGUGUAUUAGGCACUCAGGAGUUGCAGCUGUUUAGAGAUGAAAAUAUAGGGAGCCCCAGAGGUGGCCAGUUCCAACACCCACAGGAUUUUGACUAUGAAGUUCAAGAGAAUCACCUGCCUCCAUCUUCCUCUGCCAGUUCUUCUGAAUCUCCUGUAGUAGCACAAUACAUGGAUGGGGGUCUUGUAAAUGAUAUAAAUGACAGCAUAGAGAAAAUUCAAAAAAACAUUGAAAAACCCCAGACUGUGUUUGAGGCUGAAGCAGGGGAACAAGUUGGGGGGUGUAUUAUGGAAGAUAUGAGGACAGAUCAGCAAGAGAUCCCACUGUAUAAUAAAAUAAAUGAGACUAUAAAAGAGGGAAAUCAUGAUUCCACAGAAAAAUACCCAACUGAGACAUCAGAAAAAGAUAUAGGCCACCUAGAUGAAACCAUGAUUGGAGAUUCUCAGAUUAAAACAGUUCCUGACAGUUCAUCAUCAGCAAAAAUAGAUACAAAUAAUAGUUCCAAAAGUGCCAGUGUUUCAGGAAAAAGAAAGAAGAAGAAAAAGAAAAAUAAACAGAAACAAAAGCAGAUCUCUGAUGAAAAAGCAGUACACUCAGAAAUGGGGGAUGAGAUUGACAAUCAGCUCACAGAGAGUAGUUACGUUCAGACAGUAGAGGAAAACACUGUCUAUUCAGAGGAAGCAACAAUAAAUGAGAAAGUACCAGAUAGUGUGAAUGUUGAUGAAAAGAUAGGCCUUAUGUGCAAAGGAGCAGAGUCUGAAGAACUACAAAGCCCUAAUACUGGCCCUGGAAACAUUUUAGGACCAAUCAUUAAUCAGACUGAUGGCACUGAUUCCAUCCGAACUGUAGACUCCAAAACAGAAAUUAAGAUUGAUGUCCCUACUUAUGAUGGUCCAUUGGACAUAACUACUGGAGAGUUUAAUGCUUCUGUUGGCAAAUACAAAAUCUUAAGCAACACUGAUGACACUGAGCUGAAAGACAUUGUUGCCGUCUGUGCUGAUUUCCCUAAAUCUGGUUGGGAGUUUAAAAAUGAGAAAGAGGAAAUUGAACCUAUUUCAGAUGUAAUAAAAAUGGAAGCAGAUGAAGAGAUUAUUCCUUUUGAAGAAACAAGCACCCUUGCAGAAACAUCGACAGACACACAGCUGGGUGAUGCUGUAGUUACAGUUGAUGCACCUGAAAAGAAGGAGGAAACAUGUUCAGACAUGCAACUGGAUGAUGCUGUAGUUACAGAUAAAGUACCUGAAAACAAGGAGGAAGAAACAUUUUCAGACACACAGCUGGAUGGCUCUGUAAUUACAGCUGAUGUACACGAAAAGAAGAAAGAAACCUCUACAGACACACAACUAGAUGAUGCUGUAGUUAUACCUGAAGUACUCAAAAAGGAACAAGUAACAUAUAAAGACACACACCAGGAUGAUGCUUUAGUUACAGAAGUAGUAUCUGAAAAGGAGCAAGAAACAUCCACAGACACACAGCUGAAUAAUGCUGUAGCUACAGAUGAAGCAGCUGAAGAGACACAAAAAUCAUCCAAAGAAACACAGCUGGGUGGUGCUUUAGUUACAGAAGAAGUAGCUGAAAAGGAGCAAAAAUCAUCCAAAGAAACACAGCUGGAUGGUGCUUUAGUUACAGUAGAAGUAGCUGAAAAGGAGCAAGAAACAUCCACAGACACACAGCUGAAUAAUGCUUUAGCUACAGAUGAAGUAGUUGAAGAGACGCAGAAAUCAUCCACAGAUACACAGCUGGGUGGUGCUUUAGUUAAAGUAGAAGUAGCUGAAAAGGAGCAAGAAACAUCCACAGACACACAGCUGGGCGGUGCUUUAGUUACAGUAGAAGUAGCUGAAAAGGAGCAUGAAUCACAGGAGCCAACACACUUGGGUCAGGAAUUCAAAGUAGAACCGGAUGAAGCUGAGGUUAAGUAUUUAGAAUCUUUUGAGUUAAACAUAGAUAUUAUGAGGUCCGAAGAAAAUUUGCUUAGAGAUCCUGAGUGUCAUCAAGAACACAACAUUAUUCCUGGGUGUGCAGCCCAGAAUCGUACAACCAGUAAACCACAAGCGCUUUCAGAAGAUGGACAUGAAGACUGCAAGCUACAGACAGAUGAACAGAAUAUCUCAACAGAGAGAGACGAGCGUGUGACUGUGGAGCAUACUGCCCCAACAGGGGGCAAUCAUAACAAAAGUCAGCAACAGUCUUUAACAGGAUAUGAAGAACAAGGAUUUGAAGGUCAUGAAGAAAUGGUACCUUUUGACCACAGUGAACGAGACAAGCAGGAAACAAGUCCAGCAAUUGUUGGGCAGGUCCUUGAUGAUCAGCUUCUUAAGACAGCAGUGUUAGAUCUGGUGGCUGACAGUGUUGUUCUUCAAGAAACAGGUCAGAAUAUGAGAGAGCAGGAAAUCAGAGAAGUCAAAGAAGGUGCAUGUGAAAGAAACAAGGAGGAUGCAAAAAAUGGCUCCAAAAAGGAAAGCAAGAAAGGAAAAGGAAAGAGUAAAGAAGACUGCAAAAUGUCCUAGUAGCCAUAGAAAAAGUGCUCCAUAAAUGUAGAAAAUGUCUUAGAACUAAAUCACACUUCAAUGAAAAUUUGUUUGAAAAGCUUCUUAUCGUGAAUAAUGACAUGAAUGCAGAAAAAUCAUAAAGUGCAUAUUAUAUUUAUUAAAUUUAGACCAAAAUUAUAUUUAAGAAAGUAAUAAUCCUGUCUUUGAAGCACUUAUCUUACCACCCGUUAAAUGUUCUGCUGUAUGAUCGGUAUGUAAGCCAGGAGUGUGUGAGAUGUAGACAUUUCUAAAAAUAUCAGACAGCAGAUUUGUUAAGGCUUGUUUAUUUUGCACUAAAGUUCACACAAUGUUUUAUCUAUAAAGAUUUUGCAUUUGCUUUUCACCUUUUUACACAUAAUGCAAUAAUUAUAAUAAAAAAUGUAUUUUUUUUCUAAGAUUUUUCAGGGACUUUUGGCUUUUCACAUUAUACUGAUUUGUUUUUUUUUAUUAAAUGUCCCAUAGAGAACAAAAGUUUUACAGUUGUUUAACAUUCCAUUCACUGAUGACACUUUUCAGUCCGAAACUUUCUGUAAGCAAUGUCUAAAGUCCCGGGAGAUUGUAUCGCAAUGAUGGAAGACCUUUAAAAUAAAGUAUCAUUAAUUUAAUGUCA